CAUCUUACAUGAUGACUGUUAACAGCGAUAAGCUUUUAUUAUACUCACUGCAGUCAUAACUUAAGGUUUUAUUUCACAUACUUUUAGGUUAUUUGGAUCACCAAAUACAUUAAAUUUGUUUCUUGUCUAACAAUAUUAGUGCUUCUUGAAUUCGAAUGCUGAGGUUUAGUUUUUAAAGGAGAGGGCAAGAAAGGUGACCCAGAUAGGAGAAAUGCUUUCAUGCUCUUGAUUCACUGCAGUGAGCUUUUCACGCGCAGUGGGAUCUGGACUCAUUUACUAUGCAGAUUUCCCAGCUUGGCUCAAAGCCAAAAAAGCUUUUCGCAGUGAGCAGCUGAUUUCGUUUCUCUUGUGAGCCAAUGGUGAACGGAUACUUCAGAAAGGACGCUGGCUGAGUCACCUUCUGCAGAUAAGCUGAAAUAUUAAUAGUAUCUCGGCCGGGCUCCGAGCAGCAGCAGCAACUAGCCUCAUUGACAACGCCCGCCCGCGGCCCAGCCGGCUGUAACGGCUGAACUGGCCCCGAGAGUAGGGGCCUGCGGGAGGAUGCAUGGGAGCAUGCGGUGCCGGAGCACCGAGGGGCACGACCGCGCUUACUGCAGGAGUGACCAGGAUAUCACCUUGUGGAAGUAAUGCCCACAGAAAGCGGGAGCUGUUCAGCUGCGCGCCAAGCAAAACAGAAACGCAAAUCUCAUAGCCUUUCUAUACGAAGAACUAACAGCUCGGAGCAGGAGAGGACGGGUAUACCAAGAGAAAUGUUGGAAGGACAAGAUUCUAAACUGCCUUCCUCAGUUCGCAGUACACUUUUGGAACUGUUUGGUCAAAUAGAAAGAGAAUUUGAAAACCUUUAUAUUGAAAACUUAGAAUUGCGUAGAGAAAUUGAGACUCUUAAUGAGCGUUUAGCUGCGGAAGGACAAGUGAUUGAUGGGGCAGAGCUGAGUAAGGGCCAACUGAAAACUAAAGCCAGUCACAGUACCAGCCAGCUUUCUCAGAAGCUGAAGACCACUUACAAGGCCUCCACCAGCAAGAUUGUCUCCAGCUUCAAGGCUACCACGUCGAGGGCUGUGUGCCAGCUUGUGAAGGAAUACAUUGGCCACAGGGAUGGCAUCUGGGAUGUCAGUGUGGCGAGAACACAACCUGUGGUCCUGGGGACUGCAUCUGCUGAUCACACGGCUUUGCUGUGGAGCAUUGAGACAGGGAGGUGCCUUGUCAAGUACACGGGCCACGUGGGGUCAGUAAAUUCUAUAAAAUUCCAUCCAUCAGAGCAGUUGGCUCUCACUGCUUCUGGAGAUCAGACUGCUCACAUUUGGAGAUACGCAGUUCAGCUGCCGACACCCCAGCCUGUGGCUGAUACUAGUCAGAUAUGUGGUGAGGACGAAGUCGAGUGCUCUGAUAAGGAUGAGCCUGAUGUGGAUGGAGACGUGUCCAGUGAUUGUCCUACUAUCCGGGUACCCUUGACUUCCCUUAAGAGUCACCAGGGCGUGGUCAUAGCUGCUGACUGGCUGGUUGGGGGCAAGCAGGCAGUGACAGCCUCCUGGGACCGAACAGCAAACCUGUACGACGUGGAGACGGCAGAGCUUGUUCACUCUCUGACAGGGCAUGACCAGGAACUCACGCACUGUUGUACACACCCUACCCAGCGGCUUGUGGUGACCUCUUCUCGUGACACGACCUUCCGUCUGUGGGAUUUCAGGGACCCAUCUAUCCACUCUGUGAAUGUUUUCCAGGGCCAUACGGACACCGUGACCUCUGCUGUGUUUACCGUGGGAGAUAACGUUGUUUCAGGCAGUGACGACCGCACCGUGAAGGUCUGGGAUUUAAAGAACAUGAGAUCUCCCAUUGCAACCAUUCGGACAGACUCCGCCAUCAACAGGAUCAAUGUAUGCGUUGGCCAAAAAAUCAUCGCCCUCCCCCAUGACAACCGACAAGUAAGAUUAUUUGAUAUGUCUGGUGUGCGGCUGGCACGGCUCCCUCGCAGCAGUCGGCAGGGCCACAGAAGAAUGGUGUGCUGCUCCGCGUGGAGUGAGGACCAUCCCACGUGCAAUCUGUUCACCUGUGGGUUUGACAGGCAAGCCAUAGGCUGGAACAUCAACAUCCCUGCACUGUUACAAGAAAAAUAAGGUGCUGCCACUAUAUGCCAUGGACCUGUGACUGGAGCAGACUUUCUCAUACCGAUCAGCCGUUUUUGUGAGAGCUGGACCCUGAGAAGGGUGAUUUGUAUAUGUCCUUUUCACAUUGUACCCAGCUUGCAUGAAAUGUACAGAACUGUGGUUUUGUUUUUUAUCCAUCUUGUCUGUGCUGGCAUCCUCUGGUCAGUGGGAACGGAGCCCCUCCCUGUAGCACAUGGCAUUUGACAGAUGUCAGGAGGGCAUCAAAUUUGUGUGAGUUCAAUGUGAACCUGUGUAUUACUGUGAGCAUAAGUCUGUGGCAUUUCUGGAAUAAUCCUACAUAUCUACCUUGUCCUGGGGAGACUGCAGAGCUGUGUUUGCCUUGGCUGAUGAAUGGCAGGAUUAGUAAAAAAUUUUAUGUUUACUUCCUUAUGAAGUUGUAGCAAGUGCUGUUGUGUAAUUCAGCUUCAGCUCUUAUUCUGUUACAGUUCUGUGAAAUUAACCUGGAUCUUAGAAGUAAAAAAAUAGCAUCAAAUGUUGAGUUUGCAACAUUUAGAGAGUUUGUUUUGAAAAGAAAAAGUUUCUGUUGUUUUUUAUAGAAAAUCAUUUCAAUAUCCUGAGGUCUCAUAUUAGCAAAUUCUAAAAUGAUUCUAAUCACCAAUUUCAGAUCGUAAGCAAAAUUUAAAGCACUUUAGUUUAUAGCUAUGGUUAUAAACAGUUUUUAGAAGUUUCAAAUGACUUAUCCAUUGAAUGUGACUUGACCUUUUUAAGAAGGCUCUGCUACCUGAAGACAAAAACCUUAUUUAUUUUCUACACCUUUGGUUUGCAUAUUUCUACAUGGGUUCACUUCCUUGGUGGUAUUUGAGAGCCAACAAUGCAAAUAAAUGAGUACUACCUCAAAAAUAAAUGUUUGGAAAACUUGGGAGUCUCACUGUGCCUAGCUAACUAAGCACUUUGGCUUUUAGCUGGAAUACUGAAUUUAGUUUGGAAGGCAAGGAAGACAAACAGCAAAUGUAUCCUGAAGACAAAAGGCACUUCCAUUAGCCAGCAGGGUGGCAGCUAUAGCCAUAGUUCACAGGUGACAAGAUGCUCCGGUCUCUGCUGCCGGAACACCUCUUAGUGCCAACCCUCCCACUGCUGGGCCCAUCACUCUUGCCUUCUUAGCAGUUACUGUGUGUGACGUUUGUGAGUUAGUGUUAUUGUUGAGUUACAGUUUUGAUAAAGAGACAUCUCAGUGUACUGCUCCUCAUAUUUUUAAUCCUUGAAUAUGUCCACUCGGAGACUGGCCCCUUGGAGAGGUACAAGAGGGUAAUGUUGGAAAUGACCAUAGGUGACCCCAUUCCUCGUGUCUCCUGUUUUGUAGUGACACGGGCUAGAACACCAUUUGGUGCGGUGUGGUGCAGCGCAGUGGGACAGUGUGCAGGCUGCCCUUGGGUGGAGCGCCUAAGGCUCAGGUCCUACAGUAGCUAAUCUUUGAGACUUAAACCCUGAAUCAUUGGUGAUUCCGAAAUGAGUUACAGAGCCUGGCAGGGAAGAGGGACCAGGAAAAUUUAGAGUUGAGGUUGCUAAGGGACAAACAAGAAAAGUUUUAUAGUGAGUUUAUUUUUAAAACUCAAGAAUUGGUUGUAUUUUUAAAAUGUGCCAUUUGCCCUGAGCACACUGAGGACAAAGUCAGCUUGUCACUGUGAUCCUGAGCACCAGGUUCCAGCCGUGCUCUCCUGAGUGGUCUUAAGGCAGGAUGUCUGUGGCCACACCUUCUCCACGGCACCAUACCCCAAAGGCCUGAGCGUGGUGAGUUCUCAAUGACGAUUUACCUAACCACACUCUUGGGUUCCUCUUGGGUUUUAAUUUGAAUGUUUGGGUGUCUUAGAAUCACUGUUAGGAACAUUGAAAGAUGUGUAUAAAUAGCUAAAUCAAACUUAAGAACCAGAUCUCUGCCAGAUUAAAAAUUUUGAAGCUUUUAAAUACAUAUUUGUGAUUGCCAUUUAAUUCUGUGCAGACCAGCGCCCUUCAUGGUCUUUGCUAAGUGGAGGGGCCAGCCUCACUCUUCCAUCUCCUUGAGGGCAUAAGGCCCCACGGUGCUGGAGCAGGGUUUCCAGGCACAGGACCCUCUCCUGCUGGCUGCUGCGUGUCCUCUGAUGGGAUCCCUUCAGCUGUUCUGGUCGUAGUGUUGGUGAUUUCAGAAGUCAUGAAGGAGACGGGGUGGUAGUGUGUAUGUGCACAUGUGUGAGUUUGCAUGCAUGUAUGUGUGUGUGUGGCUAAACUUGUCAUGUGAUCAGCCACAAGUGAUUUCAUCUGAAAUAGUGUUUUGAAAUGGGAGUUGUUUUGUCCCAUAUGCUGACAUGUCCAGAAUUUCAUUUAAUAAUGGAAAGGGGAUGGUGGUUACUGAAAACUGUGUUGGUAGAGAAUUUCAUACGAGAUACACUGUUGGACAGAACAUCACUCUUUCGACCACUGCACAUCAGUUUCUGUAGAGUCAGAGAUUCUGUACAUAUUUUGCAGCCUGAAGAAUCCUAUGUAAAAUUAUUUGUUGCUUAAAUGUGUGCAAAACAAGUUUCUUUGGGACAAAGUAUGCAUUUUGUAAGUGUUGUGUAGAAGCAAGUAUUUUUUAUUGUAUUGAGGUAAUUGUUUUUAAGUGUUCUGUGUCUUCAUUGCAAUAUGAAAUUCAUUAAAAAUCCACGUUCCAUAA